AUGGUCAAAUUUCUGGACGAGACACUGCCUGAGGAAAUCCCUGCCAGAGGUGGCAAUGAGAUGGAGCACCGCAAUAAACUUAUUGAAGACGUCCAGGAGGGCAUCAAAGAGGCGACUAUGUCUGUACGGCUGAUGCCCUACACCCUUAGCCGCAUCGACUGGAGCAACCCCCGCAGUGAUCCCAUCUUCCGCCAGUUCAUACCGACCAAAUCGAUCAUGCAGCCUGACCACCCGAAGCUAACGCUCGACUCUUUGGAAGAGGAGGCCGACUCGCCCGUCGAGGGUCUGGUUCACCGGUAUCCAGACAAGGCGCUGUUCCUUCUUGGCGGCGAAACUGAUGAAGUAAAACAAAAGAAGUCAUUGAAGCCAACACCGGCAAGAUGGAAGGCGUGCUUCGAGCACAUCGAAGCCACUCCGGAAAUUCAAGACAUCGUGGUCUCCGGAGGAGAUUCCUACUAUCUCACACCCCCGCAGAUCGUGGCGAUUGGGAAGAGACUCAUCUCUAUACCUCACAUCCGCCGGUUCAGGUUUGCCUCCAAGGGCCUCGCUGUUAGUCCAACUCGCAUUUUGGAUCCUGACGAUGAAUGGUUUCGUGCAAUCGUCACUGUUUCGAACCUAGCUCGCAAAGCCGGCAAGCAGAUGGCCCUCCACACACACUUUAACCAUCCGAACGAGAUAUCUUGGGUCACGGAGGAAGCCUGCCAGAAGCUUUUCGAAGCGGCAGUCACGGUGCGGAACCAGUCAGUGCUCCUCAACGGAGUCAAUGACGACGUGCCGACCAUGGCAAAGUUGAUUCGCAAGCUCGCGGACAACAACAUCACUCCGUACUACGUAUACCAACACGACAUGGUGAGGAAGGCGGAGCACCUGCGGACGCCUUUGCAGACGAUUCUCGAUAUUGAAGCCGCCAUUAGGGGGUCGAUUGCAGGCUUCAUGAUGCCGCAGUUCGUCGUCGACCUCCCUGGCGGUGGUGGCAAGCGGUUGGCCAGCACUUUCAUGAAGUACGACCGCCAGACGGGUGUAUCGACGUACAUGGCACCGGCCGUGACGGGUCAUGGUGUAGAGGGUCGUAACAAGACAAACAAGGUGUACGAGUACCACGACCCGGUCCUCUCGCUCCCUGCCGGUGGAGACGGGACCUUUACCAACCGGACCCUCAGGCUCAGCAGCAUCGACAGGGCCCUCCCUGUGGCCUCUUGGUCAGCUCAAUACCGCAUUUGGCAGCACUUGUUGGUGCUGGCGGAGUCACUUCUGGACUCUGGAGUGCCUUGGAGACUGGGAGACUGGGAGACCGGGCCCCCCAAGGCAGCAGGAUCCAAGGCGAUUGGGGAGGAGGGAACGCGGGUGGAUGUCACUGACAUCGACCACGACCACGGUGUCGUCUUGGCCGGCAGCGGAGCAGCAAGAGGAAGCAAGCUGGACUUGGAGGAGGAGCGGCGGAGAAGAGCCAAUGUCAGCGUCGAUGUCAAUGAUGGACGCCGCCGUCGCUGCGCUGGCGCGCGUAGGAGGCGAGAGCGCAGGCGUGGACAGGGGGAGAAGGAGAAGCUGCAGGUCGAGCUCCAGCUCCAGCUCCAGCGCCAGGGACAAUACCACCGCCAACCUCGGGGACCCUGGACGGCGGCAACGACGGCGGUGGACCGGCAUGAGCUCAUAAGUUUCCUCGACGACGCGGACGCGGACGACCUCUACCUGUCCUGUCCUCCCGUUGCUGAUAAUAACGUCCCUCUCACCACAUGUUCGUCCGUCUUGAUCAUUGACACCGACACGGAUGAAGAAGAAGAAGACGACAACGACGACAAGUACUACGAUAACGACGACGACAACACCAAAGACGACGUCGACUACACAGCCACCACCACUAACGAAUCAUUCCCCCGAUACCCGUCCUUUUACUCGUCUGCGCGGUCCAGCUUGGAGUCGACGGACCUGACUACGUGCUCGUCAGCCUCGGCCACCACAACAACGACAACGGUGACAAUGGCGCCCUUGUUCCUGAUGGGCGGCGGCGUCGGCGCCAAGAACAAUGGCAAGACGACAGCGCCGGCCGAGACGACGGCGUCAAUCGGGAGGGCCAGCGACGAUAGCGUGGACCGGUUCGACGGCCUCUGGGACUAUUUGCAUCACGGGCUCGACGGCUACAGUUCUCCCGAUCUGCGAUUGCUGCAGUACCAGGACAAGGAAAAGUCGCCGGCGCAACAGCAACAGCAACAACGAAAACAGCAGCAGCAACAACAACAACAUUACCAACAACACUCACACCAACACCAACUCUCGUCAUCGUCGACAUACCACCAGACGCUCUACGAGUUGCGGCCCGAAUCGUCAAGGAGCCACACGCACCCUCACUUCCUCCACCGCACGAGCUCGGAAUCCGGGGGAGCGGCGACGACGACAACCACCACCACGGGGACAUGGACGCUACGGAAGAGCCACGAGAAGACGAAUAGCGGCAGCAGCAAGAAGACCACGGCGACGACCGCAUCGACGGCCAUGACGACGAUCCCGAGCGCGAGGGAGAGGGACAGGGAGAGGGAAACGACGCGGUCGCCGGACGGGAGCGCGGUCGUUGUGCCACCGCCCGUUUCGCCCUCGACGGCAUCCUUCGGGGCCGAGAUGUCCAAGGAGGAGUUCGAGGCCUUGCCGGAGGCCAUUCAGCGAAAGUACUUCAGCUCCCUCGAACGGCUUCAUUUCGCCAGCCUCGCACCAGCUCCCCCUCAGACGCCAAACUUCCUCAACCCCUUCUUUGAGCGCCCGGAAACUAGCCCCAACCCCCAGACCCAAACCAUUAAGCAACGGCGCAAGGCACGACAGGCCAGGCUCGCCUCCGACCACGUCUCCGACCGGGUCAAGAGACGCAAUUCUCGCCGUUCCCGCAUCACAUCCACCGGGUCUUCUGUUUACGUCCGACUUCCCGACAAGAUCAAGAGAAGGCACCUCACCACCGAGGAGCAGCUUGCCUCGUCCCUGAACCGAAGACACGACAUCAUCCUCGACCCGGCUGAUGAGGCCAUCUACAAGGUCCGAAGGAGAGCGUCUAGUGUUGUGAUUCCGGACGAUCUGUGGAGCCCGACGCUGUCAGUCAGGCCUCAGACGAUGGAGUCCCAGCCGAGCCAGAGGGAGGUGCCGAAGAAGGCCGUGGCGGCGGAACAAAAGAGGCCGUCACCCAAGAAGCAGACGUCUUUGCCAACUUCACCGCAGAAGAAGAGGGAUUCUUUCUACGACAGCUUCCGUUGGCUGGAGGAGGACGACGAGCUGGACCUGCGUCUGCACCUGGACGACUACCAUGCCAACCUCAGGGAAGAAGUUCCCGCCCCUUCGAAACAACGCAGGCCGUCGUUCCGCAGGCACCUUUCCAUCUCCAAGAUACCCUUCGGCCGCACCUCGCUGUCCAUGAACCGCCCCGGCACGACACAAGCCAUCGCGAGCAGUCCCGGCUCUCCACUCUUCGCCAACGCCCCGAGCAGCCCCCAAGCCACCUCACCGGGACAUGGUCGCCGAAGAUCCCGCGCCCUGUCUCUCAUCACACCGAAGCAUAGCCCGCAAGACACCGUUGCCGCAUUCGAUCCGGAGGCGGCGCACUACCAAGACCCCGAGGCUCGCCUGAAGCUGCGGCUGUACCUCGCUUCACCGCAAAAGUUCGACGAGGCCAUCGAAUUCGGAUUCCCCGCCAAGGAAGCCAUGUGCCCAGAAGCGGCGAAGAACGUCAGGGACUCCAAGUUCAGGCGCUCAAAGGCCGCAUUGGCAGACGAGCCGGACAACCUGGGCACUUUUCUCGCAGACGAUAGGUCGUCCAUUUACAGCGAGGAUGGUUCUCUCGACUCGGACUCGCCCAAGACGCCUCAGACGAUGGAAAAUGCCACCGCUCUCCGUCCCCCACCGGUCAAGAGCGACCGAGGCUAUUCCCCGGCUCCUCUCUCUCCCAAGCCGUCGAACGAGUUCACUCGGGGACCGGCCGAGACGAGGGAAAUGACGAUGCGCAUGACCCUCACCCGGCCUGACCUGCGGGCUCAUGAAGAUCAGAUCUACGGCUGGCAGCAAAAGUGCUGUCCACCGGGGAGGAAAUCGCAGUCGAACGGGCUUCGAGACGAAUUCGGCGCGCCCGCUUUCGCCCGCGAUGGAACGUCAAAAGAAAGCAUUGAGCGUCAGUUCGCGGCCAUGGACCAGUGGAACGCUCAGGCCAACGACCGAGGCGUCAUGAAGCGUUUUUGGAACAAGUUAUACACGCGUGACACGCGCGACCAAGGGUCGCAAAGACCACAAAGGCACGGCCAGAAGUCGUUUUUCAGAUUUCAUGACGGCAACUUCGGGGGCAAUCGCGGCGGCGGCCAGCACAAGGGGUCCAUGGAACUCUCGGCGUCGGAGCUCUCCAUCAUCCGCUCUCGCUCCAACAUCAGAGAGCGUCUCCGGGCCUGGGAGUCGGAGAAUCACAUCCCCGCGAGCCGCCUGCUCGGGGACGUCCCGACUCGGGACAUUCCCCUCUCCAACUAUCUCACCAGGCCAGACCAGCUUCCCGGCUCUACGGAGGCCAUGCGAGGCAAAGACAGCCUCGGUAGCCCGGAGAAGAGUCAGGGCAACCGCGCUCUCUACGACGGCGACGAAUUGGAGGACUUGCGAGGAGCCACCUCGGCGCUUGUUGCGGGCGAUCUGGUGGUGACGAGACUCGGACUCAGUCGCUUGCCGAUCUUGGCUCUCUGCCUCGGUCGUCACUACGACAGGCAGUACUUCUACAUGAGCACCGGUGAGGUCGUCGUCGAGGAGAAUCUCCCUACCCUCUUCACCCUCACAAACUUCAUCGACCCGGCCAAGUUCCAGCACGUCGUCGACAUCAUCCCCGACCAGGUCUACACCAACCCGCGCAACGUGCUGUUCCACCGCAAGAACCCCGAGGUCAUCGAGAACGUCGCCCUCCUGCAGGGCCAGAUGAUUAGGUUCCGCGAGGACAUGAUCUCGUUCUACCAGGCCCACCAGCAGCUCGACAACGCCAGCAGCUUCCUCGCCGAUCCCGAGACCCCGCAGUACAUGAGCCUGGAGGAGAUCGCCGACAAGCUGCUGCCCAGCUACCUCAAGACGAACGACAAGUACCCCCCUCACGCCCUGUACGCCGUCCACAGCGCGCUGCAGCGCGACGAGUGGGGUUUCCGGCCCCUCAGCCAGAGGUGGCACAGGCGCAACUACAUCUACGAAAUCCGACCCGCCUCUGACAUCCGCGUCCUGCGCAAGACCGAGAACCAGGUCCGCGAGCUGAUCGAGGGCGCCGCUCUCCGCGAGAACCCGGCGCAGUCCGCCUCGUUGUUGAGCAAGAACAGCCUUGGUUCAUUCAUCCUGAAAGCGCGGGGAAUCAUCCAGGCGAGCCGGGCGAACAGAGAGUGGACGCCUCACGGCAUGAUCGGGCUCAGCAACGAAAAGACGGAGAGUCGCGGCGUGUGGAACAAGUCGGACCAGGACUUCAUCCGCUUCAUGGAGCUCUGGGCGUGCCACCGCAUCGUCCCCAACGCCUCCCAGCUCGAAACCCUCGGGUCUACGAUUCUGCGCCUGACGGACAUGUACACCGAGUCUGAGUGGCUCGCCCACUGGACGGGCUUCACCUUUCUCCAGGAGAUCGGCUGGAUUCCCCCUUGGGAUAUCCCGGCCCGCUAUGAUUACAAGUUCCCGGGCACCAAGGUCCAGAGGGGAGCCCCGAUGAAGCUGCCCCCCGUCGACGUGCAGGGGUCCCUCAGGCAAGACGUCGCCGGCGGCGUCCGGCGCGACUGGGGCGAUGCGACCAUCUUCUGCGUGGACGCGGAAUCGACAGAAGACGUCGACGACGGCUUCUCCAUUGAGCCGACCGAGAAGCCCGGCGAGUACUGGAUCCAUAUCCACAUCGCCGACCCCGCGUCCUGCAUCGACCCCAACUCCGACCUAGCCCGCCGCAUCCAGCACACGCCCUCGAGUCUGUACCUGCCCGGGUUUCCCGAGAAGAUGCUGCCCGUCGACCUGGAGGAACAAUUCUCCCUCGACCCCGGCAGUCCCACCCUGACCUUCAGCGCUAAGGUUAACGAGCUCGGCCAGGUCCUAGACCACAACGUCGAGCCCGGCAUCGCCAGGAGAGUCCUCCACGUGCCCAAGAGUGAGGUCGCCGCCGUCCUUCCCGGCCUCCACGAGAAACCCGCCCCCUCCGAAUCCUUCUCGGUCGGCACACCCCCCGCGCCCCGCGUCCCCCUCAAAACCAUCACCAGGGCAUCCGACCUCCCCCAGAAAGACAAGGACGACCUCGUCCUCAUCAACCGCCUUUGCAAAGCCCUCGGCCACCGCCGCACGGCAAAGGGCCAGAUGCCCGUCUUCCCCUCCAAAUUCAAAACCCCCGAGGUAUCCCUCCACUCCGUCUCCGCCGUCGGCGACCCGGACGACCUGGGAGCCUCCGUCUCCUGGGCCGGCGACCCCUUCAUCCGCAUCUCCGACCCCACCCCCUCCGAGACCGAAGACCUCGUCGCGCACCUCAUGCACACCGCCGGCGAGGUCGCCGCCACCUGGUGCGCCGCCCGCAAAAUCCCCAUCCCCUACAGCACCCAGCCCGAGGCCCAGCGCAACCGCGCCGAGCUCGACGCCUUCCGCCGCCAGCACGUCGACCCCCUCAUCGCCCAGCGCAAGCCCGUCCCCACAGAGACCAUCUUCAAGCUCUACUCCCUCGUCGGCACCACGGAGCUCUCCAUCGACCCCUCCCCCUUCUACUCCGUCGGCCUCGACGCCUACUCCAAAUCAUCCAGCCCCCUCCGCCGCUUCGGCGACCUCCUGGUCCACUGGCAAAUCCACGCCGCCCUCGCCCACGAGCGCGCCACAGGCCGCUCCCUCGCCGGCCACGACGCCUCCCACGCCCCCUUCCUCCCCUGGACCCGCGCCGCCCUCGCCCCGGCCCUCCCCAUGCUCCAGGCCCAGCAGCGCCAGAUCAAGCAGGUCGACAACAAGGACGGGCCCACGCAGUGGACCGCCCAGGCCUUCCUCCGCGCCUGGCGCUUCCGCGAGGCCGACCUCCCGCCGACCUUCACCUUCGUCGUCGACGGCCUCUACCCCUUCGGCCUGCGCGGCCGCCUCGUCAGCUUCUACGAGGUCUUCGCGUCCAUCGACAUCGUCCGCCUCGACGGCUUCGCCAAGAUGGCCGACAUCCGCGUCGACGACCUCUUCGAGGUCGAGGUCGUGGACGUCAACGUCGUCACGACCUUUAUUGCCGUUCAGCCCCUCAAGAGGCUGGGGUCGCUGCUGAAGCCGGCUGCCAAGAGUGCGUGA